CACCCCCGGUCCCGACAGCGGGGUCCGGAGCCCACCGUGCCGUCGCCUCUUUCUCUCUCGACGCCUCCGUCGCCGCCUGAAGAGGCGAGUCAGUCGGGAUCACACCGCCACCUCCAGAGAAGAUACUCCUGCUCUACCAUCGAUUCCCUCAUCUGCGCCCCCAAUGAUGUCCAUGGUGUUCCCAGCUUGGUGCCAGGACUCAAACCUCAGGAUUUUGUGUGUGGCAAGGAUGGAUAGAAUGACAGAAGAUGCUCUUCGUUUGAAUCUGUUGAAGCGGAGCUUGGACCCAGCAGAUGAACGAGACGAUGUCCUGGCCAAACGACUCAAAAUGGAGGGGCAUGAGGCCAUGGAACGCCUGAAGAUGCUGGCACUGCUUAAACGGAAAGAUUUGGCCAAUCUUGAUGUGCCACAUGAGAUAUCUACCAAACAGGAUGGCAGUGGUGUAAAGGGCUAUGAAGAGAAACUCAAUGGGAAUCUCAGGCCUCAUGGAGACAACAGGACUGCUGGAAGGCCAGGCAAAGAAAAUAUCAAUGAUGAACCUGUGGAUAUGAGCGCUAGAAGGAGUGAGCCAGAUCGAGGAAGGCUAACUCCCUCCCCAGACAUCAUUGUUUUGUCUGACAAUGAAGCUUCCAGUCCCCGUUCCAGCUCCCGAAUGGAAGAAAGACUCAAAGCAGCCAACCUAGAGAUGUUUAAGGGGAAAGGCAUUGAGGAGCGGCAGCAGCUCAUCAAGCAGCUGAGGGAUGAGCUACGAUUAGAAGAAGCCCGGCUGGUGCUGUUAAAGAAACUAAGACAGAGUCAGCUACAGAAAGAGAACGUGGUCCAGAAGACUCCAGUUGUUCAGAAUGCAGCAUCUAUUGUUCAGCCAUCUCCUGCUCAUGUGGGACAGCAGGGCCUCUCCAAGCUGCCCUCUCGGCCCGGAGCUCAGGGGGUUGAACCUCAGAAUUUGAGAACAUUACAGGGUCACAGUGUCAUUCGAUCAGCGACCAAUACCACCCUUCCACACAUGUUGAUGUCUCAGCGUGUUAUUGCACCUAAUCCAGCCCAGCUCCAGGGUCAGCGGGGACCACCUAAGCCUGGCCUUGUACGAACCACAACACCCAAUAUGAACCCCACCAUCAACUACCAACCACAAUCAAGUUCAUCUGUUCCUUGUCAGCGCACAACAUCAUCUGCCAUAUAUAUGAAUCUUGCCUCCCAUAUUCAGCCAGGGACGGUGAACAGAGUAUCCUCGCCACUUCCUAGUCCUAGCGCCAUGACUGAUGCUGCCAACUCACAGGCUGCAGCUAAACUGGCUCUUCGCAAACAGCUGGAAAAGACACUCUUGGAGAUCCCACCCCCUAAACCUCCUGCUCCCUUGCUUCACUUCCUGCCUAGUGCAGCCAAUAGUGAGUUCAUCUACAUGGUAGGCUUGGAAGAAGUUGUACAGAGUGUCAUCGACAGCCAAGGGAAAAGCUGUGCCUCACUUCUUCGGGUCGAACCCUUUGUUUGUGCUCAGUGCCGCACAGAUUUCACCCCUCACUGGAAACAAGAGAAGAAUGGUAAGAUUCUAUGUGAGCAGUGUAUGACCUCUAACCAGAAGAAGGCUCUGAAGGCUGAACAUACCAACCGACUGAAAAACGCUUUUGUUAAAGCCCUACAGCAAGAACAGGAGAUUGAACAGCGAUUACAGCAGCAGGCGGCACUCUCCCCCACUACAGCUCCAGCUGUGUCCAGUGUCAGUAAACAAGAGACUAUAAUGAGACAUCAUACGCUUCGGCAGGCUCCACAGCCCCAAAGCAGCCUCCAGCGUGGCAUACCCACAUCUGCCCGUUCAAUGCUUUCCAACUUUGCACAGGCACCCCAGUUGUCUGUGCCAGGUGGCCUCCUUGGUAUGCCAGGUGUCAACAUUGCGUACUUGAACACUGGCAUUGGAGGACACAAAGCCCCCAGUUUGGCAGACCGACAGCGGGAAUACCUUUUAGACAUGAUCCCUCCCCGGUCUAUAUCGCAGUCCAUCAGUGGACAGAAAUAACACCAGUUCCACUCGUCCUACCCCAACCUUGAAUCCUUUGAUUCCCCUUCCUCUCCCGCUGCCCCCAACUUCCGUCGCAUGCAGUGCCUGUACUGGUGCCUACCAUACACGGAAAACAAAACAGAACAACAGAAGACAAAAAAUAGAAAUCAACAAGAAAACACACGCCCUGCCCCACCCUUUUAUUCAUACUGCUGCGAUCUGUUCUUCUGCCGAUCUGUCUUCUCUCUUCAGCUUCCUUUAACAGUGAGGUGGAUCUUUGCCUCUGGCAGAGGUCAGAAUGAGUUCCUGGGGAGAAACCCAAGCCCUCUGACGUAUGUUUAUUAAGUUUGUCUUUAUGCUAUAAUUAUUAUACUUUUUAAUGAUGUUGUGUGUCCUCCCUUUGUUCGGUGGAUGGUUAGACCUUUUUAUCGCUCCCCACCCCCACCCCCAUAUUUUUCUUUUUUUUUUUUAACACAUUUUUGUUUUUUAAAUGAUAGGAGCAUUGCAGUAGGAUCCCCAGCUGCAAAGCAGGGAUAUGCCUGGGAGUAUUAAGGGCAGAAGAUUUUAAUGCACUUAACCCAGGGGGUGGGGAUAGGUAGUGAGUACCACAUAGGAGGAAUAGCACACCAACUGUGGGUCUUUCUGGCUGGACAGUUUGGGAGACAGUGUUUAGUAUUAUCGUUUAGGCUUGGAGAAUGAGGGGGAGGAGCCUGGAGGGAGAAGCUUUAAAACUUAGCUGAUCUGGAAUUGUUUCAUAGAGGAGAGGACACAGGCAUGGUGAUGAGCAUAGUGCCGAGCCAGGAAGGACGGAGGACUGAAGCCAGGCCUGGCCUUCUGGAUGUGAGGGGUAAGAUUGGUCUCCUGACCCCACUGGAGACUCAGAAAUCUGUUGCAGGCCAGCUAGUCCCAAAUUAUCUCAUCAUAUUUCUUUGUAAAAUUAUCCCCUACCCCUACCUUGUUAACUUGUUUCACCUUGUUCUAUCCCCUGUAACCAAGCCCCAUUUGUAAUAUAGAGAAGUGGCUUUCCCCAGCCUGCAUUUUGCUCAGUAUCCUUGAAAUUGGAAUGGGCACGAGUGGAUAAAGCAACCACAGGAGGAAUAAGAUUUAGAGAAAAAGAGAAGGGAUCUUUUUGCCAACAGUUAAGACUCUCACACUUGUCUCUCCCAUCCCCCUUUGAGGGUAAGGACAGCUGGUAGGGCUGGAGCCCUCCUGACGCUGCUAUACUAACUGCAGAGCCAGCUGUUGUAAGCCAGACAACUCAUGUCAUAACCAGCUUUGGACCUCUGCUGUAAAGGUAGUUAUCUCCUCCCCUGCCCACCCCCAGAAUUCUAUUGAUUUUGCUUGUUUUUAUUAUUAUUAUUUUCUUAAGUGCUACUAACGUAGAGAAUGAAUUGAAUUGUGCAAUGUUGCUGUUCUGGGAGCUGGGGAGAUUAGCAUCCUCUCACCCACACUGUGAGGAAAGGCACAGAGGCCAGGCUGACUUUUCAGGACAGGAAGCCCUGCAGCUGAGGGCUUUUGCCCUCCUUACAGCCAGCACCACUUGUCUCUCAAGCUUUCCAAGCUGCCACCCAGUGUGAGGAGGACUUUAACAUUUUGCCUUUGAAAGCCACCUGGGGAUGGCUCCCCACUUUUAUUUUUUAAAUGAAAUAAUUUUUUUAAAGAAGGCACUUUUAAAAAUUAAUAAACACACAAACUGCACAUCUCCCCCAUAAUGUUUGGGGAUAAAUGGGAGAAGGAGCUGGAAUCAGGCUCAGUUCAUCCCACUCUGGCCUCUACUCCCCACACCCCAGAACCAACCACUGCGGGUGGUUAUUAUACUGGCCCUACGGGCCUUCCUGGAUCUUCUUCUUUCUUCCUUUCCCCCAAACUCAUUGAGCACUUAAUAAAGGAGCAGAGAUGCAGCCUGUUGUCUAGGCUUCCCCAGUGGUGAAAUGAUCUGGAAGCUGGACACUAGUGACAGGUAGUGAUGGGGUUGUUUUGAGUAUUUUUCUGGGGAAUGUGGUACCCCUGACUAUAAAUGGUGAGGGAGGGAGGGGGUUAAUAGAACUGGGUCUGGGAUUAUUUUAAAAUUAUACAUAUAUAUAUAUAUAUAAAGAUAUAUUCUUACAUCUUUUUUUCCCUUUGCCCUUGUGCUUUGAAAGCACUGGAUAAAUCAUUUGGUUUUGCUUUUAUUGUUUCCAUGAAUUUGGAAGCAGUUGUUUUGUUUUUGUCUUCUUUAAUAUUUUCCCUGCAAGUCAUCUUGCCUUGUGGCAUGUCUGUCUAGCCUCUCCCUCCCCUCAUGAUGAAGUGCCAUUUCUGUCACCCUGUCUCCCAGCUCAGAGGUAUGAGGUGCCCAAGUUUGUCAGUUGAGAUUAAAAGUAAAGAACAGAGAAUGUGCAAUACCGUCUGGCUGGGGUCAUCCCUGCCCUGAGCUGAGUUCUUUCUCUGGGAGCCAGGCCACCUUUGAAUGGGGUUUAAGAAGUAAAAUGUUUAGAGAAGGGGAUGCUGGGGAGGGAAGCCUAGGGUUGAGUGCCUGCUGGGUACUGGGCGUUGGGAAGAGGGCAGAAUCGUCCCUGUUGUAGUCCCCUCGGGGUCAGUUACUAGAAGCUGCUUGUUGACUGUAUGCUCCAUGACCCUUUGCUCAAUCGCUGAGGUUUGGUUUCUUAUCCUCUCUCCUCCCCAUAUCCCUUCCCAGGGAGGAGUGAUGGAGUAAGGUUUCCCUAAUCAUGGUAAAGUAUUAGUCUACUCCCUCCUUCCCUUCCUCCUUCCUUCUCCUUGUCUUCCUCAUCUCUCCACUUUCUCAUCACAGAUUGCCUUGUGUCCAUCCAAGUCUGUUGUUGCUGUUCAUCCCCAGACACUAAGCCUUGUGCCCUAAAGUUGGGAGGGAAGCUCUACUGUUCAGUUACCCUUGACCCUGGAGCUCUGAAGCUGAGUAAGGAUCCCACCAGUUCUGCCUGGCUCCCCCCUUACCCCACCCCCAAGGUUCUGACAGCAGCCCUGAUGAAUGGUGGCUCAUUCUGGAGAAGCCUGAGAUGGACAGAUUAACCAGAAGGCUUUGGCAAAGCUGGGGGUCCUUAUUUGACUGUUCUAGUUUUUUGUUGUUUGACCACAGCAUCUGGACUUUUCCCCAUCCCUGAAAUGAGUACCCCCCCCCCCCAUUUUUGGAUAUAUGUAUGGCAGACAUUUCUUUUUAAAGACAGAUAAAUGUUUUCCUGCUUUGGUUACCUUUCCUUCCCCCUUUAAAAGAGAUUAGCUGUAGAACUGCUUUGUAAAGAUGCUUCUUGAUAUUUUACUUUUGUUCCUUUUCCCCAGCCCACUCCCUUUUCUCUCCACUCCUCCAGAAGACAUAACCCUUUUCUCCACAACCCCCACCCCUCCCCAGUCCUAGGCUUCCUUCCCCACCAACAGAACUUUCAUUAGCUUAUGAUAUUUGCUGCCGAGAUGUUGUAACAAGGACUCAUUCAUGUAUAUAAGCUAUUUCUUGAUCCAUUUAAAAGGAAUUGUACAUUGUGUAGAAAAAAAAAUGAAAAAGAGAAAAAAAAAAAAAAAAAGCCCUAGCCAUGGAUAUUGUGAAACUGUGUUAUGUCAUUUUGUAAUGUGCCCGUAUGUGUAUGAUCCGUGCAAAAGGGUUUCUGGGGAAGGGGCGGGGGUAGGGAGGCAGGGCUGUGGAGGGAAGGUAGGAGAGUGGGCCGGGCCCAGCACACUGAGACUGGCAGCUACUCCAAUCCCAUCCCUCCUUAGAGAUGCCACCUCCCCCACCACCCACCCCUGAUUUGUGCCUUGCCUCCCCACCCUGGAGUAGUCCCUCCGGGUCACCAGCACUGCCUUGGCAGAGCCCACUUCCUCCCCUAACCUGCCCACCCUCCCUACCCCCCAGCAUUAGGCGGAUUCUGUGGGGAUGUGCUGGGGAAUGGGACAGUUCCUGGGGACAUUGAAACCAAGUAUUAUUAUGAAUUGUAAUUGUAUUUGCACUGUUUCCCCCCCUCUGAUUGCAUCAGCAUAUAUACAAUAUACCUAUAUAACAAAAUUCAGUGUCAAGCUUUCUUAUGCAAUGGAUUUACCCCCACCGUACCCCCCGAAAAAGAACCUGAUUUUGUGGGUCUUUGGGGGUGGGUCAUCAGGGGGUGAUAGAAAGUUAGGGUUGUACCAAGUCAUCCUGAGACAGGCUUGGCUAGGGCCAGCGCACCCAUGUGCUGGGGAGAGGAAAGAGCCCCAUGGGGAGGGCCGCCUGUUGGCCUGGGUCUGCUUCCAGGCUCCCCUGCUGACAUGCUGUGUGAUCUUUGGUAGAGUUAGUUUGGUGAGUAUCUCAGUUUUUUUAUGGAGUGGGGAGGGCUCAUCUAACUUUAAACUAUCAUAUAUAUAUAUAUGUAUAUGUAUAUUACCCUCCCCCACCUAGGGAACAGCUCGAGGUAAGAGGAGAUUACUGGGCAGAAACCAAAGUGGCUGUUGUUUAUAUCUGUAACUAUACCAUGAGGGAAUUAGCUGCCAAGUUUAGGAAAGGCAGUGAUAUCUAGGACAUCAGGAGACCUGUGACACUGCUGCCCUGUGGCUGUGGUCAUCAUAAACCCCAGUGCACCCCUCCAGAGCCCCCAGCUUGUAGCCUAGUUAUUUAGACACUUGAACUCCAGGACAUGGAACUCCCCCUCAUUUUCUUGGUGACAGAAUAGAGCUCAGAUCUGAUCUCCAUCUUGGCUCUUCCCUCAGCUCUCCUCUGAACCCCCUAAUGGCAGCUGUCUCUUCAGUCUGUCCUCUUCAGGGGCCCCAUUUCCCCACAGCCUGGGCUUGAGUACUCCCACACUCUGGUUCUUGGCUGGGAAAGCCUGGAGCAGAGACAGGGUGGUGAGGAAGGCCCCGGCAAGGGUGGAAAGCUGGGGGGGGGGGUGUGCAGGGUGGUGGGAUAGGGAAUGGCCUCUGAAUGGGGUGGGGGGGAGGGGAGCAAGACCCUUUUGCACAACUCUCUUUAAGUUUCCUUUUUUUUUUUUUUUUAACUCAUUCUAAUUUUUUGCAUUGUGUUUGGGAAAUAAAAUGAAAAAAAAAAAGUAAGACCAAUAGAAACUGGUUUUCAAAAAGGCAAAUACACUCCCAUCUGUUUCAGAUGCUGUUGGGCAUUCCAGCAGUGAUGGAUUCAAAUAAUAAGCUAAUUUUUGGAGAAAGGAUUAAAAGAAAAAAAAACUUUGUAAUAUUUAUCACUUGCAAGCUAUGUUUAAUAAAGAAAGGAAUGGUUUCUAAA